UGGUGACUGUAAUAAGCGGAACAAGACAUGGACCGAAAAGCAGGGCGAGACCGCCGGCGAUUCCUAGCGGCGCAUUGUGAUGACGGUACAAUGUUUCAUUCACACAGCGUCACGAUCAAGCGUUUUAAUUUUAUGAAUGAUUUCAAGCAGCCAGUUCAUGUCGAUCUGAUUGAGUUCUCCAGUUUGUGCUUGUGUGUUUAUGUGCAUGGCUGGUAGCUCGUGUAAUCCGCCAGGGUCCAGUGUAUCUGGAUAUGGAUCAGCCAGUGGUGGAAAGCAGAAAAAUUAGAGGAUGAACGCUUCCACGUGUCUUUCCUCUAACUUAAAAGUGGAGAACGUUUAGUCGUUUCGUUUAUACUAGAUAAACUGUAUCACUGGUAUGUCAGUUUAUCCUAUUUGUAUCCCGAUGUUGAAUUUUUAGUUGUAAAGAUAAGGAUGUGGAAAAUGAAAUGUAAAUACUUGUAGCUCUUGCACAUUGUGUCGGAUUAGUGAUGGUAAAUGACGUGUCUGGUGGGCGUGGUUACGACGCACGUGCAGGUAUUGCGGAUAGGUGCGUCUGGAUCCAGGAAGCGUGCGUUUACAUUUUUUUUUCUUUGAUAUGUACCUACAGCUGUUGUUGCCUGAACUGGAGGGGAGGAGAUACAGGAGAACAAGAAAAACCGGUGAGCAGCUGUGAGGCAGAGAGAGUGUGUGAAAGGAGAAGAGUCCAGUCAUGUCAGCAUAACCCCAGAGACCUGGUAGGAGGAAAGAAGGAGACCUGCUGACCUGGUGGAAACCAGUUUAAAAAAAAAGAAAUUGGAAACUGCUUGGAGCACAUUAAAAAGGAAGGGAAAAUGGAUGCUUAGACAGUAUCUGUGAUCAAGAACCAUGACAAACUGAGCCCUAACUAAAGCAGAAUUCAAAUGCACCUGCAGCCAGACACCAUCUGAGGACACAUUUUCAAAUCUUCAUUCCUGGAAAAAAAAUUUCACUAUAUGAGUUCAACACAAUUCAACACUGUGUGAUCAUCGAUACAAAUGACAAAAAGAUGAACUGAGAUAUGUUUGGAUUUUUUUUCCUUUGGACUAUCCAUUGUGCAGUGUGUUGUAGUAUGGAGAAAGGUCCAUCCACAGGCCUGACACCUUUUUACUGGGCCAGAUGAGGGGCUGCAGGCCAAGUUUGCUGCAGGGCCGGCGAUUCCACUGUCGGGAAUGGGCCCUGGAGAAGGUGAAGAGAUACCUGGAGGCAAGAAAUCAGGUCAAAGGGGUGCAGGACUCAUCCCAUCCCCCAUUGGGUGUCUUGGUGAUAGGGGGGCCUGGAACAGGUAAGACUGCCUUCUGCACAGAGCUGGUCUGGCCCCAAUCAGAAGCAGGAAGAGCAUUUGGGCUGGCAUCACGGUGUCUGGCUUGGCACUAUUGUCAACGGGAAGAUGCAGACAGUCUAGAGGUUUGGAGGUUUGUGCUGGGCCUGGUGGAGCAGCUGCGUAAGAGUCCUCUACUGCCAAACUAUGGCAACCUGUUGGCCAACCCUGCUAUUGCUACCAGCCUAGAGCCUCUUCACUGCCAACGUGACCCAGAUGACACCUUUAAAAGGGCAGUUUUGGAGACCCUGCUCUCCUUACCAUCUCCAUCUCAGAGUGUUUACAUAGUGGUAGAUUCUCUCGAUUCUGGCUAUGGUGGGACUGUUGGAGUUGCUGAAGGUCUGACAACAGGGACUACGGGUACUCAGAGUACAUCUAUAGCGGAGCUUCUCCUCAGGCACCACCAGUAUUUGCCACCCUGGAUUCUCCUGGUCUGUUCUGCCCGCAGACAGAAUAAGGCUGUGUGCAAGAUGUUCUCAGGGUUUCGAAAGCUGUGUCUAGAUGACUUGCGGAAACCUGUGGCUGUACGGGAUGUUCAGCAUUAUAUUCUGCGGAGGCUAGAUCAGGAGGGGACACUGCGGCGGCAGCUCACACCAGAGACAGCUGACAUGCUUAACUUGCUGCAUAUCAAGAGUGGUGGCUGCUUUCUCUUCCUUGAGCGAGUGCUGGAUGGUGUAGCAAGUGGUUUAGUAGGGCUCAGAGAAAUCCGGGACAUUCCAGGUACACUUAACGGCCUCUAUCUAUGGCUCUGUCAGCGGCUUUUCCCCCGUAGACUCUUUGUCCAUGUUAGGCCCUUGCUUAACAUUAUUCUUGCCUCCCCACAACCCCUAAAUCUUGAGGAACUCUUCACUGCUGCAAGAACUAGGGAUGCUUGCCUGGUACAUGAGGACUUUCAGUCACAAAUGCAUGCUCUGACACCACUGAUAGUAGAUGGGCCAGAGGGGAGUAAGCUCUUGUUCCAUGGUAGUUUUGCAGAGUGGUUAACUGAUGUGAAGUACUGUACACAGAAGUUUCUGUGCAGUACUAAAGAUGGUCAUCUUUCACUUGCCAUGUCCCUGUCAUUGAGAUCUAAAAGCCUUAACACAGAAGGGGUAUGCCAAAUGGGCCACCACCUCCUCAGCAGUGGAAUACAUUCAGGUGAGCCAGCACUGCUGGCACUAUGGAUGCUUUGGACUGGGGUUCCCACUCUUGGCAGUGGUAGGAGGUUCACUUCUGCUGCUGUAUCUCAACCUCCUUUUCCUCCGCAAACACCUGUGCUGGUUCAACAGGAUGUGUUACAGCUUCUGAUGAAAAGUGGUGUGUACCCCCCCACCUGUUCCCCAGAGAAUGGUCCUAAUGUGGGUGUACAUUGUGUGGGUAAAGGGAGAGCAAUAGUGAGAAGGGCACUGCAAAGAGAGGACUCUGUACGAGCACUUUUGGAUAGUGGGGUUAAUGUAAACAGGACAGAUCCAUCAGAUGGACGAACUCUGCUUUCUACUGCAGCCCACACAGGGCUUGUAGAUAUAACUGCACUACUACUGUGUCGUGGAGCAGACCCUUCUCUAAGUGACAACCAGGGACAGACACCACUAACACUUGCAGCCAGGCAGGGCCAUGUGGGAGUACUUCAGGUUCUGCUGGACUGGAUUCAGGAACAAGGGUGUGAAACUGUUCGAACAUUGCUGGAGCAUGCAGACAGUGAAGGAUGGACUGCUCUGAGAGCAGCCUCAUGGGGUGGUCAUAAGGAAGCAGUGAGGAUGCUUCUAGAGGCAGGAGCAGAGGUAGAUGGUUGUGAUCCAGAAGGGCGUACUGCUUUACGAGCUGCUGCCUGGGGGGGUCAUGAGGAGAUCUUGCUGAUUCUCCUUGGCCAUGGUGCUAAAGUUGAUAGCAUGGACCAUGAAGGCCGUACUCCACUCAUCGCUGCUGCCUACAUGGGGCAUAAGGAGGCAGUAGAGAUAUUGCUGGAUGCUGGAGCAGAAGUGGAUCUGGCAGAUGGGGAUGGACGUACUGCACUCUCAGUGGCUGCGAUGUGUGUGCCAUCAGCAGCAGGCGGGACAGGACAUGGAGAGGUUGUGAGCCUGUUGCUGGAAAGGGGUGCUGAUCCAGAGCAUAAGGACAAAGAUGGGAUGACACCUUUACUCCUUGCCUCCUAUGAGGGACAUGAGGAAGUGGUAGAGCUCCUCUUGGAGGCUGGGGCUGAUGUGGAUGAGAGUGCUGGAACUUACCCUUCUGCUAUCACACCUCUUCUUGCAGCUGCAGCCAUGGGCCAUGCAGGCACAGUGAACCGCUUGCUAUUUUGGGGGGCCGCCGUAGAUGGUAUUGAUGGGGAGGGCCGCACAGCACUCUGCUUAGCUGCCGCUAAGGGCAACGUAGAAGUUGUGCGAGCCCUGUUGGACCGGGGCCUGGAUGAGAAUCACAAAGAUGAUUUGGGCUGGACACCCCUUCACACAGCUGCCUGUGAGGGCCACAAGAGUAUUUGUAUUGUACUCACAGAGCAAGGUAGUAUGGCUAGAGUUGGUGAACUGGACGUGGAGGGCCGGACUCCACUCAUUCUGGCAGCACAGGAAGGUCACUGCAGUACGGUUAGACUCCUGCUUGACCGUAAAUCACCUAUUGAUCAUCGAGGGUAUGAUGGACACUCUGCCCUCAGUGCAGCUGCCCUGCAAGGGCAUGGGGAGGUGGUGGAACUGCUCUUGAGACGGGGAGCUGACAGUGAUGUUCGAGAUGCAGAAGGAAGACCUCUUCUGUACUUACUAAUUCUGGAAGGCUGUUUGGAUAUAGCCACCUUACUCAUAGAGAAAGGGGGUGUUCCACUAGAAUCAAGAGAUGUAGAGGGCCGUACAGCACUACAUGUAGCAGCUUGGCAAGGUGACAUAGAUGGUAUUGAGCUGUUGCUCAAACAUGGUGCAGACCCUAAUGCAUUGGACACAGAGGGUCGACCACCACUGCACUCUGUGGCAUGGAGAGGGCACAUGGGUGCUGGCAAAUUGCUCCUCAGAGCUAGGGGCAUAAAAGUUGAUCUGGCUUGCAAAAAGCAAGGUGCCACAGCACUCAGUAUUGCAGCUCAGGAAGGACACACUGAAAUUGUGGCCAUGCUUUUGGAAAAUGGUGCUCAACCAGACCUUGUGGAUCACUAUGGCCGCAGUCCAAUAAAAGUUGCAGGAAAGAGAGGUAAUUUCAGCAUUGUUCGCCUACUAGAGAGCUAUGGUGCAAAGCCAUUCCUUGGACUCCUACCUUCACUCUGUGAAACGCCAGGCUCCUCCCAUUCCUCCAUACUGAAAACUCAGGUUUCCAUCUGCUCUGCAGAGGGGUCUGGAAAUGGUGGCCCCGCCACUUCCUCCACCUCAUCAAACUCUUUGUCAGCCUCUUGCUCACCUGCUUCUACAGCUGAGAGAUUCCAUUCAGUGCCUGGUUCUCAGACAUCUUCCUCCACAUGUCACUCUCUGGCCACGGUGCAGACUGUGCCUGCAGACACCUUAAGCUUCACACAGCAGAUUCAGCAGCACUCACUACCCCGCUGCCGCAGUCGGCCAUCCACCUUACCUCUACAUGGCUCAAACCCUUCUAGCCUACAGAGAAGUACUGCAAGAAACAAGCAGAAAGCAGUUUCCAAAGAUAACCCUACCCAUGCACAAUGCAUGAUCCUUGGACUACAGGACACACAUGUUCCCCUUAAAGGCCUUGGGGCUCUACAAACUGCUGACUACAUCUUGAAGCCCAAAACCCCUCACUUAAUUGAGAAUGAGCUAGAUAACAGUCCCCUGAAAUUUGGAAGUUGCAAGUGGAACUCAGUAAUGUUGUCCCUAGGGUUGACACCAAACCAAGAGGGGGCUAUUAGACAGCCAAUAAAUAGAGACAGUCCACCUUUGGGCUAUCCCCCCCUUCAUCUUCAGUCCCAUGCACAAAAAGAGAGUUGGGAUGGCUUUAAAAAAACAAUUUCCCCAACCUUUGACCUCUCAACCAUCUCUCCACAUGGUGCCUUACUAGAGGAAUCUGUGUUCAUCACAACCACAGACCCUCAGCUUAACCUCAAACAGGCCAUUAAAUUGCAGUUUGAGGGGCCAACCAGUGCAGCACUUUACAAGCGGGAAACACCACUCUAAGGCAACCCGUGAUAAUUAGGAGCUCAAGGAGGAGAGGGUGCUAUGGAGAAUUGCUGCAUAUAAGUCACUCAGGGUAGUGGAGAACCGUAUAUGAGAUGAGGCCAGCAGACCAACCACACAAUAUUGUUUGACUUCCUUAAAAAUAUUGUGAGGUGGGGUUAAGGAGCAGCAAAGGAGAGGCAAAGAACUAAUGGACUUCAAAAGGUCUGUGCUGUGUACUUUCUGGAUAUUUUUAUGGCUAGUCACAAUGGACAACUGCUAGCUCCCCCUCACUCAACCACACAAUUACAGGAAAUAUUCUUACAAAGAAACACAAAAUGGGAAUAUGGCUGCUUGCAGGAAAAUGUUAUUACAUAUGUGAUCAAAGAACACCAUAAAACGGAAGGCAUGCCUCAUAUACAGUAAAGAUUUUUUUUUAUUUGCACACAUACAGAAGGGAGUUAAAUAGUGGAUGUCAAGUGGCCCAAGGCAGAGCUUGCAUAGCAUAUUCAUAGUAUAUUCAUAGUACAGUGUGUCUCAUAGGUCCAGCAUCAUAGGGGUCAUUUUUAGAAAACAUGAUAUAUCUGAACAUGGAAGAACAAUUACUCAUAGCAAAUCAAAGAUAAUAUAUUGGGACAGUUCUAUAAUUAAAAGCAUUGGUUAGCUGUUUUUUGUAUUUUUUCUAUGAUGCUGGACGCAUGAGACACCCUGUAUAACAAAGCACCUUUUAAAGCAUUCUUUUUUUCCCCUUUUUGCAAAAUAAUGUGCACAGUGACAGAGAAGACCAUUCAUUCAUCUAGAAUGCAGCCCAGCAUUCUGGUAGUCAAAAGAACACUUGCAAAAAAAAAAAAAAAAAAAAAAAAAAAAAAACCAACAAAAAACCCUCACGCAUCAACACUUCAACAAAAAUACCAUAACCAUUUUUAACUGUCCCUGUGAGUAUUUUGCAUCCUUCUUAGGAAAUGUUUAGGUCAUCAGUGAUAGUUGUGUCUUAAGCCUGAUGUUACCAUGCUAUGUUUUAGUAUAUUUAUGUUUGUUUCAUUGUACUCAUUGUGAUUGAUAUUCUUUUUUGUGUAAACAGUGAAUCAACAGACUGCUCAGCCAAUAAUUUUGCAAUAUUUAAAAGCAGGUUGUAUUACAUGGAUUAAAAGAAAUGAUGGAUUUAGGGAGAUAUUACAAUUGGAAAGAGAAGGAAAAGGGGAAAGGUGCCAAAAAUCUGGAUAAUGGCAGGAGUCAUGAAUAUAUGAGAGAGAAGUUCCAAGAAAAAAUAAAGGAUUUUAAACUUUGCUAGAUGUAAUAUACUUUGUUUUUAUUAUGUCACAGCGUAAAUAGAUUCUUUAUUUAAUAUUACAACUUUCAUUAUUCAUCUUAAUGGCUAAUGCUAAUAAUUGUUUAUAAGGAUUUACUUUUUAGUGACAUUCCAUCACAGACUUUGUUAUGCACUGUGACAAACUUGCAGCUAAAGAGCAAGAACUUCUUUAUGUCUCUCUCUCACACAUACACGCAAACACAACGGGGUCAGUUGUUUUUUUUUUUUUUUUUUUUUUUGGUCAGUUCAAAAUUGGGGUCAGUACAAAAAUGUUUUGUCACUUAAAAUGUGCACAAAAAAGUGUCUUAUGUGUCUUAUGUCCUAAUAUUCUGUAGUGCCUCUAUGUGUACAUAAAAGCCUUUACUAUAAAUUUUAGCUUUAACUGUGCAAAACUUUUCAAUGUUUGCUUAGUUUUUCUUCUGUGUCCCUGUAUUCUUUUUCAGUAUGUGUGAAAAUUUCAUACAUUCUUCCGAGAGCUUUUAUUUUUGUUUGAAGAUACAUUGUGACACAUUCUCUUAACUCGGUGAAGACUGUUUUAUUGCCUCUCCAAAGCUUGUUACUUCAAAAAAAAAUCCCCUAAAGCAAAUAGGGCAAACAAGUCAAAAUGCCACCUACACACACGUCAAGACAUAUACAGCUUAGAAACAGAUGUCCACAGAUAUAUGCAAAUUGUACACAAACUUUUAACUAUGUGUUAUAACUAUUAUACUUCUGGUCCACUAAUUUGAUUGGAUGAGCAGUGUUCCAAGAUUAAGCCUAUAUUUAGUAUAACUGGGAAGUAUCACACAUUGCAUCAUUCUGCUCGUCUGUGUUUGCCACAUAAAAUUCCAAUUCUAGCAACACUGAAACUGUUAUUACAUUAGAGGUAGCUACAUCAGCAGACAUAGCAAACAAUACAAUUUUCAUGAAAUAUAAUUUUUGAUUUAAAAUAUGAAUGCCCUUCUGAUGAAGAUGAUAAGGAAGAAAGGAAGCCAUUUUCACCAGAAGCACCUUUAAUGAAAUGUACUAAUCAAUGUGAACUAGCUAGCUAAUGGGCCAUAAAGUAAGUGUAGCUUCUUUGGGAUCUAUUUCUGCUAGUGGAGCAAAAAUAAACAAAACAUUUGUCA